CAAAGGAUAUAGUUACACUGUUUUGAUAUUCAUUCAUGAAUUUGUAUCUGUGUUGAACUGAGGAAAGUUGGGGGAAAAAAAAGAGAAAACUUAUCAAGAGCUUGAACCAGUUUUGCCUGAGUUGAAUCUUUUUAAAUGGUUGAUUUUAUCAUUAACAGAGCACUAAAAUUUCACUUCAUCACAUGCAUACAAAGAUUUUAUUUCAGCAUAAUUAACCAACCCAUCAAUAUUAAGGAAAAUAAUCAUGUGCGCUGGUUGCUUUGACAGAUUCUUGGAAGAUGAUGUCAAAUCUGAGGAAGCUACUCCUAGUAUGCCAAAGAUUGUUUUAGUUCAGGCAGGAGGGGGUGUCAUUGCUGGUGCAACUGCAUCGUGCAUUACAACUCCUCUGGAUACAAUCAAGACACGGCUACAGGUGGUAGGACACGGAAAGAAAAUCUCUAUUAAACAAGUUGUUAAGGAAUUGAUCAGUGAGGAUGGUUGGAACUUCAAUGCGAAGAAAGAAGGUUAGGUUAACCGUGUGGUUGUGGUUGCGGUGUUGUUGGUUUGCGAAGCGAGGAGAUGGAAGUGGGUGGAGGAACUGAGAGGGAGAGAGAUAGUGGUUUAAUGGUUUUGCAUUGAAGAGAUCAUGCAGUGGUUGCUGAUGCUUCCACAUGGA